AUGGCUUCCCGACCUAUCUCAGAGAGAACUGUCCAGGCCCUGCUGCAGGAUUGCGAGCAGUUCUGUGUCAAUAUGUUUGGCGUGAAUGCUUAUGAAUUCAUUGCCGACCCAACCUGCUGCAGUCGCUUGGGUGAAGGAAUACACGGGAUCUGUAAUAAGGUCCAGGUUUCACAAAGCCAAUGGGUUAUUAAGCUCGCUUCCGAUGAGCUUCAAAAUAUAAACGGUCUGCAACGAGAGAUCGAAGCCAUGUCCUCCCUCCACGGUGUCCCUGGUGUUCAGAAGGUGAUCGGGGUUUGUCCUUGGAAACUCACCAUGAUCACUGAGUUCGCCGGGGAUUCCCUAGAGAAGUAUCUCAAGACCCACACCUGCACCACCGAGGAGUCUCUUCAGAUCGUCCAACAGGUGAGCCGUACACUGGUAGAGGUGAACGCUCGGGGAUGGCUUCACAACGAUCUGAAAAUUGAUAACAUCUGCAUCCAGAAGACCGACAAGGGUAUCCAGACCACUAUCAUUGACUUUGGUCUGGCCACCAAGAUCGGGGGAACCCUUCCAAUUGUCCCAGGAUCAGUGGCAUCAUUCCACACGGCCCCUGAGGUAGUCAAGCGCUUACCACUCACCCCUAAGGCCGAUGUCUACAGCGUCGGCCGCCUGUUGCAGCACCUCGUUCCGCAGUUGAACCGCCUCGACCCUCCCGUAUUGAGUUGGUUGACUCGCUCCGUCAGGAUCAACCCAAACCUGCGAGACUCACUGGAUGAGCUGUUGAAGGUUCUGGGUUGA